UGGCCGCACAUGCGCACAGAGCACGGUCACCUGCUGGGGGAUAAGUAGCGAACAAGGAAGUCUGGUACUGAGGACUGGAUGUCAGGCUGAACUAAAACAAAAUACAUCUCCGCCGGAUAGUAGUCAUCUGCUCAUCAGCUCCUAGCUACGUCGGCGUGACAAGAUGUUUAAAAAACUGAAGCAGAGGAUAAACGAGGAGCAGUCACCGCAAAGGAAUGCGCAGUCACCACAGCAGGCCCAGAUGGGCCCUGGUGACCGGCGCAGCAGCCAAACCCCCCCAUUUCAUCAUGAUGGUUCACCCUCUCCCAGUGACAGAGAGAUGCUGGCUGGGAUGAUAGCAGAGCCCGCUUUUCUCUCUGAGUAUACUAUCUUUGCUCUGGACCAUUCAAAACGACCCAAAACGGCCCAGGUAGCCAGUGUGGGUGCCUCUAAAGGACCAGCUAGGUCUCCAAGAGGUAGCAUCAAUGGCGAUGGAAGUGUUUCUCCUCUUAGAGAGGAGCCACAGUCAUUUGCCCAGAAACUGCAAUUAAAAGUUCCCUCAAUGGAGUCGUUGAUUCGUGGGGGUGCCAGUCGUGCAGAAAAUCUGUUCCGCUCUCCCUCGAAAGAGAACCUGGUCCGGAGCCCAUCGCGCGACUCUCUCACACCUUUGGGAGAAAACGAGACCCCUGGUGCCCCAACAUAUGAUCCCCCCUCAGAUAUUGAGAGUGAGGCUGAGGAGCCACCAGGAAGUGCAGAGUCCCUGUCCAAAGAGCAGCUGUUGCACCGACUCCUUCGAGUGGAAAGGAGUCUGGGGAAGUACAGAGGGAAGUACUCAGAGCUGGUGACUGCGUACCGAACAGUACAACGAGAUAAAGAAAAAACGCAGGCUAUCCUCAGUCAGAGUCAAGACAAGGCUCUCCGCAGGAUAGGGGAGCUGCGGGAGGAGCUUCAAAUGGACCAGCAGGCUAAGAAACACCUACAGGACGAGUUUGAUGCUGCACUGGAGGAGAAAGACCAGAUGAUCACUGUCCUCCAAACACAGGUUGCUCUGUUGAAGAAACGAGUUAAGGGGGUCUCUGAUGGUGCUCUGCCACCUGAGGGUGACAUCCCUCAGUCUGAUGAUACUGCAGACCCUACUUCUGCCACUCAGAGUCCUUCCAAGGGCCAAGGAGUAGAGUCUGAAGUCACUGAGGGAGAGGGCAACAGUGAUCCAACCAAACUCAUGGAAGCUCUGCAGAAGCGAGUGAAGAGGCAGGAAAACCUUCUGCAGAAGUGCAAAGAAAUGAUGCGUACACACAAGGAGAGGAGCGCCCAGCUGGGCAGUGAGAAUGAAACUCUGCAGGAGCAGCUGCAGGAGAGACUGCAGGAGCUGGAGAAGAUGAAGGAACUGCACACAACAGAGAAGACUAAGUUGAUCACUCAGCUGCGUGAUGCCAAGAAUCUCAUUGAACAGCUGGAGCAGGACAAGGGAAUGGUUAUUGCUGAGACAAAGCGCCAGAUGCAUGAGACACUGGAAAUGAAAGAAGAGGAGAUUGCACAGCUACGCUCCAGGCUCCAGCAGGCCACUGCCCAGAAAGAAGAAUUGCAGGAUCAGAAAGAAAAGGCUGAGAAAUCAGCAUUUGAAGAACUUGAACGGGCGCUGGGUGUAGCUCAGAGGGCGGAGGAGGCCCGAAAGCAGCUGCAGGUUCAGCUAGAGGAGCAUGUGACACAAGUUGAAAAGGCCAGUGAGGAAGAGAGGAAGAGUCUGCAGCAGGAGCUCACACGAGUCAAACAGGAGGUGGUCACUAUCAUGAAGAAAUCAUCAGAGGAAACAGUGGCUGGUUUGGAAAAACUCCACAGUGAAGCUCUGGCUGCUAAAGAAGCAGAGAUAAGUGACAGGAUCAACAAAGCUGUGGAGCAAUGUAAAGAGGAGUUUGCCCAGUUAGCCAAGGAGCGAGAACAGCAGGCCUCUCUGGCUCUGGAGGAUGCAGAGUUACAGAAGACAGCUCUGAGGACAGAAGCUGAUACCAAGGUUAAAGAGAUACAGCUGGAGCUGGAAUCUGCAAGGACUAGAAUAUUGGAGCUAGAGAGCUCUCUGGAGAAGAUCUCACAAGAUGGAUCAAGUCUGUCCCAUGAACUUUCUAGUCAGCUGGGCGAGCUGAAGGAUAAACACAAACAGCAAAUCUCUGCAUUAGAGGAAAAGCACCAGGAGCAGCUGGAAAAGCACAAGGUCAGCCUUACCCAGCAACAUGAUGCUGCUAUUGAGGAGCUCAAGGAAAAACACAGAGCUGAAGUGGAGACCCUGCUGAAGGACAAAGAGCUGCAGUUCCAAGCACACAUUGAAGACAUGAACCAGAAAACAUUAGAGAAACUGGACGCAAAGCAGGCAGAAUUAGAGGCUCUUUCCUCUGAACUCUCUGAGGCUUUGACAAAUAAAAAGCUUCUGGAGGAGAAGUUGGUGGCAGCUGAAGAGGCUCAAAGUUUAGCUCACAAGGAGCAUGAGAAGAGUUUCCAGGAUCAGGUGGCAAAGCACAAUGUAGAACUUGCAAACAUCAAACAGGAGCAUGAGCAAUCACUUGGAGGGAUAGAGAAAACUCUCAAGGAGGAACUUAAUGCAUUGAAGAUUGUUCUGAGGGAGAGGGAGAAGGAAAUUCAAGAACAUAUUCUUAGAGAAAAAACACUACAGGAGGAAUCACAUUCCACUGUGCAGGAGCUAAAUGUCAAGGUUAAGGAAGUAGAAGAGCUGCAGCAGAGUUUAUCACAAUCCCAGGUGGAAAAUGGGAGCCUAAAGGAGUCUAGCGCACAGUUAAGUAAGAUCUCAGAGGAUCUCGAUCAGUGUAAGAAAGAUUUGACAGAUUUGGAGCAUCAGUUGGAAGUUGCAAAGAAUGAUUGUCAACAAAAAGAGAAGUCACUUCAAGAACUGGAGCAGCAAUUACAACAGACCAAAAAGGAGCUCUCAGAGCAGGAGAAGUCAUUUAACGCAGAACUGAGCAGCAAGCAGGAAGAACAGACACGGCUCAAGAAACAGCUGGAAGAUGAAAAAGCUGCUCAUGAGAAGAAGCUGAAAAACACUAAAACUGAGCUGGAAAAUAAGCUGAAAACACAAGAAACAAAAAUGGAAAAGUUCAAGCAGAAGGCCAAAGAAAUGCAGGAGAAUUUUAAGAAAAAGCUUCAGCAGAAUGAAGAAAACAUGAAGAAGGAACUUGCAAAGAAGGAGACAGAGCUUCAGCAGAAGGAGCAACAAGUUCAAGAGAAAAUUCUUGAGAUGGCCCAAAAAAGCUCCCAAGGCCUCAGCAGUGCAAUGUCAGAGCUGCAGGCCAACCAUAAGGAAGAAGUAGAGAAGCUACAUGAGACUCAUAAACAUGAGAUUGAGGAGCUGGAGCGGCGCUGGCAGGAGAAGUUAGAGCAGCAGGAAGAGGAAAUAAUGGAGAAACAUUCACUCACACUACAAGAGAAGGCACAGGAACUGGAGGAAUUAUCUCAGCAGCUUGGCAGAAGCAGAGAUGAGAAUGAGCAAAUAAUGUGUGAAAUAAAGAAUUUAAAGGAGGACCUGGCAAUUCGAGAAACCACUGUGCAGAAGCUGCAAGAAGAGCUUAACGAAGCAGCAGUUAAGCUUGAAAGUUUGUCUCAGGGUGAAGCAUUGCUGAAAGAGCAAAUGGAGUCAGUGGAGAGGAACCUUAACCAGGCUAUGAACGAGAGAAAUGCCCUCCAAGACAAGCUGACCACAACAGAGGAAGAGAGCAGGGAGAAGUUAAAGACAUUGUCAGAUAAGUUGGAGGAAACAGAGAAGCAUCUCAGAGCAGUGGAGGGUUCCAGAUUUAAAGAAAAUGAGAACUUGCAGAGUAAAGUUGAGGAAACUGCCAUUCAGUUACAGGCCAAGGAAGCAGAAUUUCAGCAGAAAUUAAUUAUGAUCAGCAACCAAAUGGAGCAUUACUGUAAGGAGGUUCAGUCUAAAGUUGAGUGUGGAUCUAAUGAACUCAGUCAAAGAGUUGAAUGUAAGGUGAAAGAGCUGAAAGAUAGACUGCUCUGUAGUCAGAAGAAGGUAGGGCAUCUCAGAAACAUUAUCCUUACUAAAGUAGAUAGAAUUUGCACUUUAGAGGCCACUCUCCACCAGCAGACGGAGGAGAAUAAGAAUCUAUGCAUUUCGUUAGAACAGAUGACUGCUCAGGUAAAUGCUCAUACAGAGCAUAUCAAAGCCUUAAUUCACGAGAAGGAGAAUCAUUCUCAGUCUAUCAGUGAAAAAGCUCAGAAAAUUGAGGAGCUGAGUGAAGCAAACCGAAUCAUAUCAGAUAGUAUGAAGACAAAUGAGAAGCAUAUCAGUGACUUGGAAAGCAUCAUCAGUGACUUGAAAAACAAGUUAGCAAGUAGCAUAGAAGAGAAGGAGGAAGCCAUAAAUCAGCUGAACCAGCAGUAUAAAGAGGAGGGACAACAGGCUGCUCUUCAGAUGAAGGAGACCAUCGAGAGAUUAGAGCAGGAGAGAAAGUCUGCAUUAGAGCAGGCAGAUGAACUCAGGAACAGCCUGUCUGAGUACGAGAACAAGGCAGAGACAAAGCUCGCCCAGAAUGACAACACUAUUGCAUCUCUACACAUCAGGCUUGGAGAGCUAGAGCAAGAAAUCUCUGAAAAGAAUGAAGCCCUGCAAAGGCUGACAGCAAGUAUUGACAAUCAGUCCAUCAGCAAGUCUGAGAUGGACCAGGUGUUGAGUGAGAAGGAGCAGAAAGUCAGCGGACUUACCUCGGAGCUGGAGAGCUGCAUCAGUCGACUCAGUGAGCUUCAGGAGCAGUUAGCCUUAAAGACAAAAGAGUGUGAACAACUCACAGCUGACCUCAAACAGCAGCACAGCAUCAGGGAGAGUGAAAAAAGAGAGCUGGUAGAGCAGCUGCAGCAGACCCAGAUGCAGUGCGCUCAGAAUGGUAACUUAGAGCAGGAGAUGGUCAGUAAACUGCACUCCCUCAAGGAAGACAACCAAAAGUGUAAACGUGAGCUCGAAAGCCAAAAGGAGGAAUUUGAAAGGAUGAAAGAUGAAAUUAUCAAAAGCAAGGAGGAGAGUCUGAAGGCAACUGAAGAGAAGUUAUCUGCAGAGAGUGCUCGGAAAGUAUCAGAGCUGAAGAAGAAAGCUGAGCAGAAAAUUGGUCAGAUUAAAAAACAGCUGACUUCGCAGCUUGAGGAGAAGGAACAGACGAUCAAGGCUCUUCAGACUAGCUUGGAGGAAAUCAAGAGCAGUGAAACAUCCAGAAAUCAACACAUUGAAACAUUAGAGGAGAGAGCAAAAACACUUGAGGAAGCUCUUGUCAAGCUUAAAGAGGAGCAAGAGAAACAACUUGAACAGAGUCUGAGUAAUGAGAGACUUGAGAAAGAAAAGUCUGUAGAAGAACUGAAAAACAUGUAUGAAGAGAAGCUGUCCUUACUUCAGAAAGAUGCAGCAGAACAAGGGCAGCUCAAAGAGACCAAAUCAGUGCUACAUGAAAUAGAGGCAAAGCUAAAAGAAGCAGAAGAGCAGAAUGGAAACCUUCUUGCAGAAAUAGAUCGUCUGAAAGAAGAAAUACGGGAGAAGGAAGCCCAGCUUGAUCAACAUCAGGCAACUAUCAAGCAGGUCCAAAAUCAGUCAGUAGUUGAGGCUGAGAUGAAGGUGGAAUGUCGCAGCGUACAACAAACCAUGAGCGUGAUGGAAAAUGAGAUGGAAAACCACUCUCCGAUGGAAGAAGUGAGCAGUGAUUCUCUGGAGUCUCUAAAGAGCAAACUGAGUCAGGUGAAGAACGAGAAAGAGAAAAUCCACAAGGACUUCAUCAGGUUACAGAAAGACAUCCGAUCACUGAGAAAGGAGCAUGAACAGGACCUAGAAUAUAUGAAGAAAGAAUUAUUAGAGGAGAAGGAGAAAAAGCUGAAACUGGAGUUGGAAGAUAUGGAAAUGAAGCACAAUUCUGCUAUCAAGCAGCUGAUGAGGGAGUUCAACACACAAAUGGCUUUGAAAGAGAGAGAGCUUGAUACAGCAGUGAAGGAAGCCAUUGCGAAGGCCCAGAGUGUUGAAGCAGAGCUCAUCAGUAGCCAUCGUGAAGAAGCCAGUCAGCUGAGGAAGGUGAUUGCUCAGAAGGAGGAUGAUUUGCACAGAACUGUUCAGAAAUAUGAACAGGUUAUUCAGAGUCGAGAAGAGGAGAUGGGAGACAGAGUGUGGCAGGUUCAGAAGGAAUUGGAGGAGCUGCAAACAAAGACCCAUGGCGCUUCUGAGGCACAGAUGAGCACAGAAGAACUACAGGCUCAACUUGCUGAGAAGACAACUUUGCUGAGCGAGGCUCGGCUGAAGGAGCAGGAGUUUGUUGAGAGAAUUCACUCGCUUGAGGACAAGAUUAAAUGUUUCCACCGAAACACUGUUGUAACUCAUCUUGGGAGCACAUUCAAAGAUCCAGGAUUCAACAGCACUGAUUCACUCUCAGAGCCCACUGAGAUGGAGUAUCUGAGGAAGGUGUUGUUUGAAUACAUGAUGGGACGGGAAACAAAAACAAUGGCCAAAGUGAUAACCUCCAUGCUCAAGUUUCCUCCAGACCAAGCGCAAAAGGUUUUGGACAAAGAAGACUCAAAAACGAUUCCUUGGUUACGAUGAGUGUCUGAAUAAUUUGGGUAUUAUUGGAUGAAAAUCUGCUGCUGCUGCUGCUGAAGGGAAAGACUGCCAUGGAUUUGAUCGAGCCCUUCUCUCUGCAUUUCUUGUCAUUUUAUAUGUGUGUGUGUGAGUGUUUGUAUGUGUGUAUGAGCACACACUGGGGCAUAAGUUUGUGGUGUGUGUGCAUGUGAGAAUAUAUGUAAAGGUAUGAGGGAAUUAUGAGAGAAUACGCCUGAAACACAAAUCUUCCAUAAAUCCAGUUUUACUUUAAAAUGAAUUUAAUUUAUACAUUUUAGAUGAAGAUAAAUGGUUUUCUUUUUAUUUCAGAAUGUGGAAUACGAAUUGGCUUGUGCAAUAAAUGAUAUCAUUAUCAUGUAUUGAUGCUGACGGUCAGUUGAUUUAUAGGUUUCUGUGUUGUGCUGUCGUCUAAAUCACUUCCUGUGUAAAACUGUAAACGACCCUUUAACUGUGCACUUGCACCACGUUAAGAUACUGGCCUCUGGACCUCGUUUGUUUAACACAGCUUUUCUAUGCUUUAUAUUUUGUCACCGACACUGACAUACAGACCCCAAAACACAAAACUGUAAAUUGUACUAUGAUAAUUACAACUGUACUAUAGGGCACUAUAUGAUAUUGCUAUACAUUUUCAGACUAACAAAUUAAAUCUUAUUUACAGAA